CAUCUUUCAUCUAUUACCGGAAUGCUAUCCCUUGUUUCCUCGCUUGUCACAAACAAAGGCCUUGACCGCCACCAUCCAACAUGUCUGUCAUCAUAAACAUGUCUCACAAAGGUCACAGGUGUGGGUGUGCGUUGGGGGUGGGGGGUUCAGCUGGUCAAACUGUGUACAAUGGUAAUGAUGUUGAUCCUUCCCCCCUCUAGACUGCGAUGUCAAUGGUCAGAGCAAAAGCUUCCUCCAAAGUCUCGAUACUGCAAGAACUUAAUCGCCAUGAGCAUGGAACCGCAAAGAAGCUGAAUAUAUGGAGGAUGAAGGAUGAACUGCUGCUUAUAGAGGCCAGCCCAAAGGAAGGGUGAAACGGAAGCCAAGACAGUGAGGUGACGACAGACGAGGCGCUAGGUGUUCAAAGUCGGGACCCAGGAUAGACCACUGCUCUGUGCAUCAGUUGGUGACAUCUCUGCGCUGCUGACUUGUCUACAUGUAAGAUGAUCCCCUGCUGGUCUCCCAAUGGACUAGACUUUCACAUUAAGUCCUGACCACUUGGCAUCCAUUGCACCGGUCACCCAGGGGGUCCCCAUAUCUGCGGUCCCUUCCAAGUAGUAUGGCGAGUCCGCCGGGCGACGCCGGACCCCCGCUACUAUCCACCGGCGUGAAGAAGUGUGGCUACCUGAAGAAACACAAACAUGGACACAAGCGCUUCUUCGUGCUGAGGGAGCCCGGUGACGGCUGCCCUGCACGGCUGGAGUACUACGAGAGCGAGAAGAAAUGGAGGAACAAGUCUGCCGCCAAAAGGGUGAUCCCGCUGGACUGCUGCUUGAACGUCAACAAGCGAGCGGACGCCAAACACAAACAUCUCAUCGCGCUUUACACCAAGGACGAGUACUUCGCGGUGGCGGCGGAGAGCGACGCCGAGCAGGAGGACUGGUACCGGGUGUUGACGGAUCUAAUCUCGGAGGGGAGAGUGUGCGACGGCUCGGCGUGCAGCUCCGCGUCCUCGCUGGUGGGCUUCGACGAAACGAGCUACGGCGUCAUUACGCCGGUGAGCGCCGCCUAUAAGGAGGUCUGGCAAGUCAACAUGAAGUCCAAGGGCUUGGGGCAAAGCAGGAAUUUAACCGGCGUGUACAGACUCUGCCUUUCCAGUCGGACUAUCAGUUUUGUCAAGCUCAACACAGAAGUGGCCUCGGUCGUUUUGCAGCUGAUGAACAUCCGGAGGUGCGGCCAUUCGGAUAGCUUCUUCUUCAUAGAGGUGGGUCGCUCGGCAGCCACUGGACCUGGCGAGCUCUGGAUGCAAGCCGAUGACUCCGUGGUGGCGCAGAACAUCCACGAGACCAUCCUGGAAGCCAUGAAAGCCAUGAAGGAGCUGUCAGAGUUCCGCCCCCGCAGCAAAAGCCAGUCUUCAGGCACCAAUCCCAUCUCCGUGCCCACCAGGAGGAACUUGCACAACCUCCCCCCGAGUCAGACCGGCCUCCUCAGGAGGUCACGCACUGACAGCAUGGCUACGACGUCGCCUGUUGGUAAAUUCUCCUCCUGUCGAAUACGCACGGCCAGCGAGGGCGAUGGCACCAUGACACGCCCCAUGUCGAUGAUGGGGAGCCCCCUCAGCCCGGGGGUCCACCGCACCCUCCUGAGCAGGUCUCACACCAUCACCGCACGCCCUUGUCGGACAUUUGAAUCCUCUUCCCUCCAGCACAGUAAGUCCAUGUCCAUGCCUCUGUCUCAUUCCCCGCCCACGGCCGCCCCUAGUCUAGUAAGCCUGUCCUCAUGUCCAGAUAGUUGCGCUCCUCGUCCCUCAAGUUGCAGUGCUUCCUUCUCGGGCUCCCCCAGUGAUGCAGGGUUUAUAUCGUGUGAGGAGUAUGGCUCCAGUCCCAUUGAUGCACGGGACCUUCGGCUGCCUCUCACAUUUGGUAGCAACACCCCUGAGUCUCUAAAAGCGGACACUCCUCCUUCGCGGGGCAGCAGUGGGCUUGAAGGAUACAUGGUAAUGGAGCAAAAUAGUGGCUAUCUGUGGUUACCAGAGCGGGACAAGUCUUACCGAAAACGCACGUACUCCCUUACCACCCCCCGCCAGCAAAGGUGUCUCCCCCAAGUGUCUUCAGCCUCCCUUGAUGAGUACACACUAAUGAGGGCCACAUAUACAAGUGGAAGCCAGUCUUCUCGCAGAUGUUCCCCUAAAGGAAGCUUCCCUGACGAGUACAGGGAUGUCCAGAUGAGUGACAGCAGUGGUUACAUGCCCAUGAUGCCUGGCGCUGCGCCUCACACGUCAGGAGCUAAGACUGACCCUUACAUGCCCAUGAGCCCCAUGUGUGUGUCUGCUCCUAAACAGAUCAUCAACCCCCGGACGCACUCUUCCUUGGCAGGGCUGGCCCCACAUGCGAACUCCCCGGGCAGUGUUUCCCUGGAGGAUAGCGGCUACAUGCGCAUGUGGUGUGGCAUCAAAAUGUCAGUGGAGAGCGCUGAUGGAAAGCUGGCAAAUGGCGAAUACCUGAACAUGUCUCCUGUGGACCCUCUGUUGUCACUCCCAACCAGAGACAACACCCUCAGUAAUUCUGGAGGAGAACCCCACCCCAAGCACCAGCACAGACAGCCUUACACUUACAGCACCCUCCCGCAUUCACUUAAAGGCCAAUUGCUACGUAACUGUUCCGUUGACACUGACCAGUAUGUAGUGAUGUGUUUACAGAGACAGAGGAUAGAGGAGGAGUCCAGCUACUGUCCUGUCUCUCCAGGAGACUCUGUGGCGUCACCGGGCGGAACCCCUUCAUCUGCUCCCCCUCCCCUUAGAUUGGCUCGGAGUGACGGAGGCCUGGCGCACAGGGGUAGGGCGUGUCGGCCCACCCGCUUGGCUCUGGAUUCCCUCAGAACCUUACCAUGUAUGAGUGAACACCCGCUCCCCUCUGAGCCACGCAGCCCCGGGGAGUAUAUCAACAUCGACUUCAGCAGUCCUUCCAGUGACGUGGUGGCAUCCACUGAGGGCGCCAACAGGGGAUCACCAUCGCUCUCGGACUAUGUUAACGUAGAGCUUGCCUCGCCAAAAACUGUGGACUCCCCAGUUGUGCAUGACAUGCAGGAAGAGGAAGGAAAAAGGGCAGAGGUGAGGGGGGUGGUGGAUGAAUAUCCCCUCCAGCAUCACAAGAUUCAAGUCAAGGAUGACUACACUGAGAUGACUUUCGGUCCUCUGUGCAGCACGGAUCCCGCCCCCCUCCCUUCCAGCCCCACCGCCUGCGUUCAAAGACUGAGCCUUGACAGCAGCCUUGUGAUUGACAGGGUAACACCCGCGCCAGUGGACUCGUUUCUCCUCCCUUCAAUGUCUGUCACCCUUGCAGACCCUCACAGGGGUGCAAAAGUAAUCCGGGCUGACCCUCAGGGACGCCGGCGACACAGCUCAGAGACCUUCUCCUCCACCACCACUGUCACACCUGUGUGCCCAUCCUUUGCCCACGACACCAAGCGCCACAGCUCAGCCUCAGUGGAGAACGUGUCUCGUGGCGUGAGGAGCGCCGAGGAACAAGACGAGGAGUACGUGAGCAGCAGCAUGUGCAGGGAGACGUCUGCGGGCUAUCAGAACGGACUCAACUACAUUGCCUUAAACUUGAUGGAGGGUACCCUCGGAGGGUGCAGGUUAGGGGGCUGCGACGGACUCCUGAGAUUCAAGCCGGCCUGCGGCUGCAAGGGCAGCAUGAACGGCUUCAACUCCAGCCCUUAUGCCAGCAUGGGCUUUAAGGAGACUACUGCCGCAGCCGUGAAAGAAUGAAGGGCACUGACCCCGCCCCCUUUUCUUCCCUGACUCUCCUCCUGGUCGUCGGGUUGGGCCGCCGCAGCCAAGUGACGAUGUCGCCUCGGCAACAGCUGGACCGCACACUGCAGCCGAUGUCCUCUGACCCCCCCCCCAGCUGUCGUCUCCGAGAGGUCACAGGGACCGCAGUCGUCACCAUAGCAACACAGACACUUGACCUUUGCCCCACAUGUUCCUUUGAGGAGCCUUUGGGCGCUGCUGCUGAUGACCUAAAACAAGACUUGUUGGUAACUCCUGAACUGAUGUGUUCAUGCAGGACUGCAAAUGUUCACCAUAGAACCAUUGAGACACAAAACCACAUCUGGAGAACACAUGCACAAGCAUGGCAAAAAAAAAAAAAGAAUGCAUACAAAAAUAUUUAUUUAUUUAUCGCGGAUGUAUGCAUUUGGUUUUCCAAAUGUGUGAAUUUCUAUAAAUAAUGAUAAAAAACAAAUUAAAAAAAAAAAACCUACCUCAGCAAAAACAAACAAAAACAGGUUGGUUAAACACCCCCCAUCGUUAUAUAUAGAAAUAUAUAUGAAAUAUUUAUUUUGUCUUUUUGAUUUUUUAAAUUUUUUUUAAGAACAUGAUCACCAAUCCAAAGCCUUACUCUGGCCCAGGGGCUGUUAAGUUUGGACCUACACAACCGCAAAGAAUGAGCCACUCUGAGAUUUCCAAGCGACAUUUAUGACAAUGUGUGCAAAGAUGAUUUAUUGACUCCCCAAACACUGCAGCACACCUGUGGCCUGUCGUCUGAGCCCAAGUCUCAGCACCUCCAAACACUUUGGACCUGUUCACCUGUAAGUCCCCGCGCACCUGACAGGAAGUUAUGACCUGUUUGUGGGGCGGGGAAGAGAAGCGAAUGUUCUCUGAAGUUCUUGCUAUGUCGAAAACUAGGGAUGGGCAUUGUAACGAAAUCAUAAUUAGUGGGUUCAUUCUUCUCUCCAGUCGGAGGAAAGGGCAUGAAAAAUGACAAUACAAUUUGCUAAACACACUUGA